UGUAGCUAGGAGCACCGCUCCAGGACCCCCUCCCUUCUCGCCACACCCUGGCUGCCCGCUCCCGCCAGGCCUUGCCGGACCCGCUGGCGUCUACUCUUUCCUGUCACCCACAGUCGCCUCGGGCGGGGAUCGGCACCCCAAGCGCAAAGCUGACGUGCCCCCCCCUACCGGUCCCCCCCAUCUCCCACCGCCCAGUCCCCGGCAGCGAUGAGACAGAGCGGCGCCUCCCAGCCCCUGCUGAUCAACAUGUACCUGCCAGAUCCCGUCGGAGAUGGUCUUUUUAAGGAAGGGAAGAGCCCGAGCUGGGGGCCACUGAGCCCCGCGGUGCAGAAAGGCAGCGGGCAGAUCCAGUUGUGGCAGUUUCUGCUGGAGCUACUGGCAGACCGCGCGAACGCCGGCUGCAUCGCGUGGGAGGGCGGCCAUGGCGAGUUCAAGCUCACCGACCCCGACGAGGUGGCCCGGCGCUGGGGUGAGCGCAAGAGCAAGCCCAACAUGAACUACGACAAGCUAAGCCGCGCACUGCGCUACUACUACGAUAAAAACAUCAUGAGCAAGGUGCACGGCAAGCGCUAUGCCUAUCGCUUUGACUUCCAGGGCCUGGCACAGGCUUGCCAGCCACCGCCCGCGCACGCUCACGCCGCCGCCGCCGCCGCAGCAGCUGCUGCCGCCGCCCAGGACGGCGCACUCUACAAGCUCCCUGCCGGCCUGGCCCCGCUGCCGUUCCCCGGCCUCUCCAAACUCAACCUUAUGGCAGCCUCGGCCGGCGUCGCGCCCGCUGGCUUCUCCUACUGGCCCGGCCCGAACGCCACCGCCGCAGCCACCGCACUCUACCCCACCCCGGGCUUGCAGCCUCCACCCGGGCCAUUCGGCGCGGUGGCAGCCGCCUCGCACUUAGGGGGUCAUUAUCACUAGACGGGGCGGCCUGGUGAGCCAGGGCCUCCCCCAGACGUCCAGUGGCCAGUCCCACCCUCAUCCUGGGAGGAACCCCGAAGCUUUCCCCGACGUUCCUUCAACACAGAUUUCAUUGAAGCAGCCGCGCCCAGCCCAGGGAAGAAAAGGCUGGAAGCUUCUGAGGUCUUCCUAGAACACUAGGCUUCCAGCCCCCCAUUAUCUCCACCCACCCCAGGAAGAGCGAUUUGCCCCCACUUUAAUUUUUCUCUUUCAAGUCUCCAGAUUCUAAAACUUCCGUGGUGCCCCUUCUCUUCUCACCUGCACCCCUGACUUUCUCUCUACGACUCCUAUUUUUCUAGUUUCUUUCCUAAUUUUUUUUUUUCUCUCUCAGACUACCUGCUCCAAACUCCAAAACCUCGAGGCUUCUCAUUCUCCUUCCCGGGAUCUGAGAAGGCUUGGUAAACAUCCCCAGCCCAACACUUGGGCUUCCUUCUCUUCCACCCCCACACUCUGGCUCAAAGACCCAGUGUAUACCUAACCUUUUCAGCCCCAUUAAAGCUCCCAAGCUCUCUA